AUGGCCACUUCGAUCGCCGAUUUGGCCUCGUCUGAGGUCCGACCCGACUCUCCGGUCACUGCAGGUGCAGGUCCUAUAGAGAUGUCAGUCGAUGAUUUGGACAAACAUAUUGAAACUUUGAUGAAGUGUGAAUUGAUCUCUGAACAGGACGUUAAGUCAUUAUGUUCUAAAGCUCGAGAAAUUUUGGUCCAGGAAGGAAACGUGCAAGUAAUUGACUCACCGGUCACGAUAUGUGGUGAUAUCCAUGGCCAGUUUUAUGAUCUCAUGGAACUAUUCAAGGUUGGAGGCCAAAUACCAGACACAAAUUACCUUUUCCUUGGUGAUUUUGUUGACCGUGGAUUUUAUUCAGUAGAAACAUUUCUUUUACUACUCGCGUUAAAAGUACGUUAUCCUGACCGGAUGAUGCUUAUCAGAGGGAAUCAUGAAAGCCGACAAAUUACGCAGGUGUACGGUUUUUAUGACGAAUGCUUACGUAAGUAUGGCAGCGCAGCCGUAUGGAAAGCUUGUACAGAAGUUUUUGACUACCUCUCCCUUUCAGCUGUUAUUGAUGGAAAGGCAUUUUGUGUGCACGGAGGACUGUCACCGUCUAUCCAAACCCUGGACCAGAUACGUGUGAUUGACCGAAAACAAGAGGUACCACACGACGGUCCAAUGUGUGACCUUUUAUGGUCCGAUCCAGAAGACUCAUCCGUGGGAUGGGGAAUGAGCCCACGAGGAGCUGGUUACCUUUUCGGUGCGGAUGUUGUCAAGACUUUCUGCGAUACGAAUGGUGUUGAUCUCAUAUGCCGAGCACAUCAAUUGGUUAUGGAAGGCUACAAAUGGCAUUUCAACGACAGUGUCUUGACAGUAUGGUCGGCUCCAAAUUACUGUUAUCGGUGUGGAAAUGUGGCUGCUAUACUUGAACUCGACGAACAAUUAAAUAAGGAAUUCACGAUAUUUGAAGCAGCACCUCAAGUGGGUUGUACCUUUUACAAACCUAAAACCAGACUUGCAAAAUGA